AUGGUUGCUCUAGUAGGAGAAAGUGGAAGUGGAAAAUCGACAGUGAUCUCAUUACUGCAGAGAUUUUAUGAUCCCAAUUCAGGUAAAAUUACACUAGAUGGAAUAGAAAUUCAAAAACUACAAUUGAAGUGGUUAAGGCAACAGAUGGGCCUAGUAAGCCAAGAGCCUAUGUUAUUCAAUGAUACCAUCCGAGCCAAUAUUGCAUAUGGAAAGGAAGGAGAUGCAACAGAGACAGAAAUUUUAGCUGCUGCAGAGUUAGCAAAUGCCCACAAUUUCAUUAGUGGUUUACAACAGGGAUAUGACACAUCAGUAGGAGAAAGAGGGAUCCAGUUAUCUGGAGGACAGAAGCAAAGAGUCGCUAUAGCUCGUGCUAUAGUGAAGGCUCCAAAAAUUUUACUAUUGGAUGAGGCCACUAGUGCCCUUGAUCUUGAGUCUGAAAGAGUGGUUCAAGAUGCAUUAGACCGAGUUAUGAUGAAUCGAACAACAAUUGUGAUAGCCCAUCGAUUCUCCACAAUCAAGAAUGCAGACUUGAUUGUAGUGAUGAAAGAUGGAAUGAUAGUAGAAAAAGGAAAGCAUGAACAUUUAAUCAGUAUCAAGAAUGAAGCUAUUGAAGAAAUGAACAGGAAUGGUAGGCCCACGGUGAUUUUUAGGCUCAAUCUUGGGAGUUCAGAAGCCCACAUUCCAGACAAACUUGAUGUCAGCGUAACUGAUUGA